AACAUCUUGGUGUUAACAAUGGUCCCGAUUUUGUUUUUGUUGGGGCUGACCUUCGUGGCUGCUGUGCCGAACGGUAUCUUCAUUCCUCGUGGUACCGGCCCUCGGUAUCAACACGUCCAAGAUGGUCUGGGCAGAUUACACUUAGUGGAUCUUUGGCAGCCAGCUACUGACUUCGGCGCCAGAUACAAUCCAGACAGAGACAAUGUUUACCAUCUUUUUACAAGAAAGAACCCGUCAGUGAGUCAGCCAAUUGUACCUGGGAACGAGCCGCUAUUGAAAGCAUACAACUUCAACCCUGCACACAGGACUGCCGUAUUAUUGCACGGAUGGUUCGAUAAUGCCACUGGUAACUUCAACGCAGUUUUGUUGGCUGCUUUCCUGGCGGCAGAAGAUAUGAAUGUCAUCGUGGUAGACUGGAGUGCAGGCGGCAGCAACCCUAACUAUGGGAUAGCCAUUGAAAACACUGUCCUUUCUGGUGCUGCAGUUGCACGUUUCAUUUCUUGGGUAAACAACGUCACUGGAGCCGAUGUUGCGAAGUACCAUAUUGCAGGAUUCAGUUUGGGUGGCCAGCAAGCUGGUAUCGUUGGGAGAAACCUUGGUGGCAAGGCCGGGUAUGUCACUGGCUUGGAUCCUGCAGGCCCUGGUUGGGAUGGAUAUGAGCAUACCUUCAAACCAUCAGAUGGCAUUUAUACUGAAGUCAUCCACACCAACGUAGGAUUUUCAGGUUAUUUGGAACCGCUUGCUCAAGUGGACUUCUAUCCCAACGGUGGGGACAAAAUGCCUGGAUGUUGGUUCAUCCCUUGUAAUCAUGAUAGAUGCUUCUACUACUUUGCAGAAUCCAUACGAAAUGGAGGCUUUACGGGAGUUAAAUGUGAGAGCUACGAACAUGCGCUUGUAGGGGACUGUCAUCUUGAAGAAACAUUACACAUGGGAGGUAUUGAACCGAAGACUGGAUACAACAUACUACGCAGUAUAAAAGAAGUGGCCUUUCACAUCUGUAUUUCUAUGGGAUACAAAAUGUCGGCAAAUGAGCAAACGGAUCACCUGAUGGUACUUCAUGGUAGAAAAUCCGGCGUUUUCUACUUGGAAACCAACGCCGCUUCACCCUUCUCAAGAGGCUAA